AUUAACUUCCAUUUUCGCCUUCCCUUGUUCAUCUUCAACUUUCUCUUUCUCUUUCGUUUGAUUGCUCUGUCUGAACUGUAUCCUUUUCGUCUACCACAUUCUUGUUUGCUUUUUCACCAAGUUUUUAUCUUUAUCAUCAGAGAACAGCAGAAGGAAAGGAAAGGAAAAGGGCGAACCCUUUUGAAAGGUACAACCUUUACAGGCAAUAGGGUAUUGAAUCCUGCAAAUCAUUUUCUUCUGUUUGCUUUCUAAAUAUUGUCAUUCAUGGGCUGCUCUGCUUCUCGUUCUAAUGGCACCUUUCUCACCCGACAUUCACAAGGUCAAUCUCCAAACCCAUCUUACAGCUUCCAUUCUCAAGCUUCUCCUUUUGAUUCUUCUCCCACCCUGAUUUCUCGUACUCUCUCUUUACCCUCUCCUCUAAUCCAUCAUCCUCCUCAGCGUAAAGGGGAUACGAACCAUUUGGUAUCUCUCACUUCCACCACUUAUGGGUCUCUCAUUCUCGUCGACCAAAUUCCAAACCCUAACCCUAACCUCAACAGUCAGGAUCGUGUCGAUUCCAAGGAACCUUCUUCUCCGGAUUCUGUAAUCAACACCUGGGAACUCAUGGAAGGACUCGAUGACCUCAAUUUCGAACUCGAUUUCGAUUUUGUUCAGAAACCCAAAUCAGGCGAACGGUUUCCCCAAGUCUUGGUUGAGUCUCAUGCGAAACCCAAUUCGAAUAAGGGUUCGUUUGAAAAGCUUACUUCUUAUGAAAUAGUUGAAAUUGGGGAUUCGAAGCCAUUGUGGAAGCAUUUGUCAGAAGAAUCGCUGUUGGCUAAGAUGGAUCCUAAUGUGGCUUCUAGUUACAGAAGGGCAUUGACGUUGAAGCAAAUGGAUGGUAGUAGUAAAGAUUUAAAACCCAAGACAACAAACUCAAGGUCUGUUGUUGAGUCCUCUUCGGCCAGUCCCAGUGCGAUUAAGCCCAUUUUGCCUGGAACCCAAGACAGGGUUGUAUUGUACUACACCAGUCUUCGAGGAAUCAGAAGAACUUAUGAAGAUUGUUGUGCAGUCAGGAUGAUUUUGAAGGGAUUCAGAGUGUUUGUAGACGAAAGAGACAUCUCAAUGGACUCUGCUUACAAGAACGAACUUCAGGGCGCCUUUGGAGGGAAAUUGGUUGGUUUGCCACAGGUGUUUGUAGGAGGGAAGCAUAUUGGUGGUGCAGAACAGAUCAAGCAGAUUAAUGAAAGCGGAGAAUUGGCGAGGAUUUUGCAGGAUUUCCCAGUUUGCGAUCUGGUGCUUUCUUGCGAUGGAUGUGGAGAUGCUAGGUUUCUCCCGUGCCCGAACUGCAAUGGAAGCCGGAAGGUGUUUGAGGAGGAUGAAGGCGGCAGGCUUAGGAGAUGUCCAGAAUGCAAUGAAAAUGGUUUGAUUCGUUGCCCAACUUGUUGUUCAUGAUGAAAUCAUUGUUUGAUUGUUUGUUUAUUUGUGUUGGGAGUUGUUAAUAAUUGUUGCUUCAGAUGUCAAAAACCGGUUAUUUUUCGCGAUGUCGCGAUUUAGUACAAUUGGACUUGAUAUUGUACUCACACCUUUGACUACGGCUUGAUUCGAUAUUUUCAUCUAAUAGUGUUACCAAAUUUGUACAUUUUAUG